AUGAGUGAACUUUGUCCAGUUUAUGCCCCAUUUUUCGGUGCAAUGGGUUGUGCCGCCGCCAUCGUCUUCACCUCUUUAGGUGCUGCUUAUGGUACUGCUAAAUCAGGUGUUGGUAUUUGUGCCACCUGUGUUUUAAGACCUGAUUUAUUAUUUAAGAAUAUUGUUCCAGUUAUUAUGGCUGGUAUUAUUGCUAUUUACGGGUUAGUUGUUUCAGUCUUGGUUUGUUAUUCUUUGGGUCAGAAACAAGCAUUAUACACUGGUUUUAUUCAAUUAGGUGCUGGUUUGUCUGUCGGUUUGUCAGGGUUAGCUGCAGGUUUCGCCAUUGGUAUUGUUGGUGAUGCCGGUGUUAGAGGUACUUCUCAACAACCAAGAUUAUUCGUCGGUAUGAUUUUAAUUUUAAUUUUCGCUGAAGUUUUAGGGUUAUAUGGUUUAAUUGUUGCCCUAUUAUUAAACUCUAGAGCUACACAAGACGUUGUAUGUUAA